ACAUGUGCAUCGACUACCGAGCUCUCAACAAGCAGACCAUCAAGAACAAGUACCCGAUUCCACGAAUCGAUGAUCUGCUCGACCAGCACGUACGCAGUGGGAGCAGUCUUGAUGCAAGACCAGGGGAAUGGACUGCAACCAAUCGCCUACCUCAGCAAAAAAUACACAAGGCAGAACUCAACUACCCGAUAACAGACAAGGAGGCCCUUGCUAUCAUCAUCGCCUUCAAAACGUGGAGAUGUUAUCUCGAAGGACGCAAAACAACAGUCUACACCGACCAUUGCAGCCUAAAAUAUUUGAAGACGCAACCAAGCCUCUUUAGGCGACAGGUUCGGUGGAUCGACUUCCUCGAGACACACUUCCACUACGACAUCGUGUACAAGCCUGGCCAUAAAAACAAAGCAGACGCGCUUAGCCGGCCUGCACACAUCUGGGUACCAAUUACCCUCCAUUGUGCCAGUUACUACUCGAAGAAUACCACGACGUCCUGUACGCAGGACACUUCGGUAGCAACAAGACGCUCACCGGUAUCGCCAAACACUACUACUGGCCCCAAAGGCAAUGACGUACAGAAAUUCAUCACCUCGUGCACUACAUGUCAGCGGAUGAAGAGCAGCAAGCAGAAAAAGGCGGGACUGCUACAGCCUCUUCCUGUCCCAGAACAGCCAUGGCAAGUGGUCAGCCUAGACUUCAUCACCGGGCUACCAACUACCACAAGCGGUCAUGAUGCGAUCCUCGUCGUCAUCAACAAUUUUCCAAAAUGGGACACAUCCCACACACACGACACCACGCACCGAGGAGACAGCACAACUCUUUACCCUAAGUUCCCAGUAAAUUUGGAAGAACUGAUGUCUCUACUCGGAACCAAACUCGCCAUGUCAUCCGCAUACCAUCCGCAGACAGACGGCAGACCGAGCGUCAACCAAAUUGUGGAGCAACUCCUCCGCGCAGCCUGCAAGGACGAAAUCUCCAAAUGGGACUUGCAUCUGCCCGUCUGGAGUUUGCCUACAACAAUGCUACUCACGCCGCUACUGGACAGACGCCCGUAGUAGCGCGCCUUGAACACAUG